UAAAUGAUAUUAUUUGGAUACAAUAUGGCUGAUAGUCUGUUGGUAUGAUUUGAUACCUUUUUUAAAGGAGCUUCUAAAUUUACUUUUUAAUUAGUUUUUCAUCAUGGCUCUACACUAAUAUAUAUGAUUUACAAUAAUGAAAUAAUACUCAUCGAGUGGAUACGUUACGUAAUGACAUAUCUGUUAUAAAUUAACAUUGACUAAUUGGAAGAAAUAGGAUUAAUAAUAAUCAAAGUAAUUAUUCGCAAAAUCAAGAAGUUACUACGUUACAUAAUAUAUGAAAAAAAGAACGAACAGAAUAUGUUGAUGAAUGGUUAGUAUAAUAAUAGUUAUGUAAGAAUCAAGAGAUCAAUGUUGAGAAUAAGUAGAAUACAAAGUUCAAAAAAACAGAAAAAACAAAAAUGGACAGUUUAUCAAUGUUCUACUACAAACGCCCCUAUACCGAUGGCCAAGGUAGCGAGCGUGGUUGUACAAGUUUCUUUUGGAUGCAAAGGAUAGGUUUGUGAACAUGGAUUGCAAUGGCUUCAGCAAUAUGCAAAAGACGCACUUAUAAACCAUGUGGCGAAUUUGAUGGGAUGUAGCAGAUAACCUUAAAAGCUUUAUUCAAUUCUGCUUGAUGAUCUGUGUCAUCCAAGUGAGCGAGAAUAGAACUCUUAAUCCACUCUUACCUGUCCUUUGCUCAACCACGACGGAUGGUGUUCUGUUAUACGAUAACGAACUUGCUGAAUUGUACGCCUUAUAUAACUAGCUCCACAGGGGUAGUUAAAAUCGAUAAAUACACAUGGAUUUUGCAAAUUCAGGCAAUCGGUCUUUACUGGCCGUUCUUAUUGUGGGGCGGUUGUAGAAGAUAGCACUCAGUCUGGCUGCAUUAAAUGUUUUUUUACCGCUCUUCUCAAUCUCUGAGUCACAAAUUCCUAAGUAGUAUCAUUUAAGAAUUGUAAUUUUAAGGACAAUACUUUCUUAGGAACGGUAGGUACCUUUGUCCUUCUUUACAUCUCCUUCAUGUGUUUGUCUAUGAAUUUCAUAUAUAUUAGUGUAGAGGCAUGAUGAAAAACUAAUUGAAAAGAAGUUUCUUCGCUCGAUUCGUUCCUUCUUUAUCUACCAAAUGUCAAAAUGGAAUUUUCACUGUUUUAAAUUAACAUUAAAUUUUGUUUAUGUUUUUAGUUUUUCUGACUGUCAACUAGGUGCACAUCUCUUAAUGUCAUUUCUUCUUAAGUAUCCUAAAAAUUAUCUAACUGGUAACAAAAUAAUUUAUGAGUCAACCAAACUUUUAUAAAAACCACCCUAAGUUUAAAUUUUCAUAUAAACUAUGUUAGAGAAAGAAUGUUAUGAGACAUAAUUAAUAAUAUAAAGACCGGAAGAUUGUGAAUUCUAUCACAUAUUGCUCCGCGAAUACUUACUAGUCACAAACUUAUAUGAAAUAGUUAUUCAGCACUCUCUAGCAUUAUCUAGUUAUUCUGUGGGAAAAUAAACUUCAAACAAAGGGAUACAUAUUUUCUCAUUUACUUUGGAAAAAUACAAGACUUAGAGAAAAGGGAAUUGGAAAAAGGUUUUUUUAUUGAUGACAAUAAUUCAACUAAUAAAAUUUGUAAAAUUAAUGAAUACAGUGAAACACAUUACAUUGCAAGCUAACAUUAUCAAAUAAGCUAAAGAAAAUAUUGGAGUUAUGGACAGUAGUUCCAUCCUUGUCUAGAACUUGUUCUACACGUUAAAGGAUAUCAUUCCGAGUUCUCAACUCUUCAGUUGGCACUCAAAUCAUCAAUUAAAUUAUUGAUUGAUCGGUUUGAUGAAACAAAGUUAUUCCUCUUUAGUUAUCUAUUUCACUCGAACCGCCUAUCACAAAAAUAAGCGCUAAAGUAAGCUAAAGUUGCUCAUGUAUUGACAAAUCCAAGGUAAUGACAAGAAAUAUUUCUUUGUAUGCUAAGUCCAGGUUACAUCUCAAGGAAUCCCAAAUCUACCGUUUCCAAUAGAUAAAAAUGAAGAAAUCAUGACAGAUUUGUGCGACCCCAUAAACAACCGUACACUCAGUACAUGGGUUAGUCGACUGAACAUAGUUAAAUAAUCAAUUCGACAAAUACCUUCCUCAACUAUUAUUCAUCUAAACUGUUUAAUAAUCUACCUUUUCAUUUAUUCUACAAUUUUAUUCUCUAACUUACUAAAUUGGUUCCGCAGAGACUCCCCUCUCUCACGCUCUCUGAAUAAUACAUUUUACUGUAGUAGAUAAGAAUGAAUUGGGAACAAAAUAUAUUCCUAGGAAAAGGUACAGGAAAAAAAAGAAAUGAUAUAAAAUUGCAGGAGAAAUUUUUAGCACCUUCUGUAUCCAUAUGUAGUGCUGACUGGUUGAAAAAAGAUCAAUAAGUUUGUUCGGAAUUAUUUCUUACUCAAAAUGGAACUGUUAGAGAUUCAUCCACUUAAUAUUUAUCACUUGGGAAUUGAUAAGUAAACACAUGAAAAAACUCCUCGCUCUAUACAGAUUGCUUUUUUCUCACCUAUCUUUACAAUUAUUACGCUAUAUGCUACACAUUUUUAGGUAUAAAAAUCUGUAUUUUUUUCCAGUGUUACUCCACCUUUCUGGAUGCCUUCGGAGAGUUGGUCUAGUUGCUCUAAAGAAUGUGGUGAUGGUGUUGAAACACGUCGAUUUUUAUGUGUUCAAAAUGAUCAUUACAAUGCUACGACACUGUUAGAUGAAUCACAAUGUGAACAUUUACCUAAUCCAAGUGCACAGAAUACAGAAAAUAAUCAAAGAGCAUGUAAACUCGGUCCGUGCGGUAAAGGAUAUCGAUGGAGAGUAUCUAACUGGGGACAUUGUUCACAAACAUGUGGUGGACUUGGUAUAAUGUCUCGUGAUGUACAGUGUGUUUAUUCAGGCAAAGACGGUGAUCUUGUGAUAUCAGAUUUCGAUGCAUCCUAUUAUUGUGGUAAUUAUCGACAACCUGAGAGACAUGCAUCGUGCAAUCGAUUUGCAUGUAAGCCUGAAUUUGUCCCCGAAAAAUGGGGUAAGUGUAUCCAAAGUGAUCCAUGUCGUCCUGGCAGACAAGUACGUCAAUUAUCAUGUAUUUCUGUACAAGUCAAUGGAUCACUUCGCGAACUGCCAAUGGCAGCUUGCUAUAUGACUGGGAAAACGAUUCAACCAACAUGGCGUCGAUGUUUUGAAGAAAGUUCAAGAAAAUGUGACAGCAAACCACCAAUGAUUAAUACUGACACUUUAACUAUUGUUCAGAUGAGAAAAGUGAAAGUGAUUGAUUUAAAAGUUGGCCAGCAAGCAUUCGUAAUACCAUUUACCCGUGUAACCGUACGAUGUCCUGUACAGUAUUUCACUGCACAAGAAUUACAAUGGGCUAAUCCAAACCAUGGAAUAUUAGCCUAUACAGGAGCAAUAUCUGAUAGGAUAAGGGUGGAUAAACGGGGAAGAUUACACAUACGAAGUUUCCGUCUCAUCGACGAAGGUGACUGGACGUGCAUAGCUGGUUCAAUGAAUGCAACAGUCACGCUAACAGCUAGAACUCCGGCAGCAGGAUUCCACGAUUGGGUGCAAAGAAACAGAUUAUGGACCAAAGGUAUGCUUAGUGAUGAUCCUAAAGCAAUAGCUAUAAACCAUGAAAUUAUUCAAUGGGUUGUUGGACCAUGGAGUACAUGUUCUACAAGUUGUGGCCAAACUGGACAACAAUUUCGUGUAGUCAGAUGUGAAAAAGUUGAUAGUCGAUUCUAUCAAAUACUGAGUGAUCAAGUAUGCAUUGAUAAGCUAUUGCCAAAACCACCAAGUACACGAAAGUGUUUAGAAAGUAACAAAUGUCCAACAUGGUUCGUUGAAAACCGUGAUACAUCUGUUUGUACAGAUCGGUGUUUAGAUGUCGGUAAAGGUUCAAUUAGUGGAAAUUUAGUCUGUAUGAUUGGUGAGAGAACAGUCGCCACAAAAUAUUGCGAUAAAUUAGAUAAACCAAAUAUGGAAUGUGAAAACCCUAUAUGUCAACUACGAUGGAACGUUAGUAAUUGGUCUCAAUGCUCACGUUCAUGUGGUGGAGUUGGUGUUCAAGCUAGACACCUUCUGUGUACUUGGUCACAUAAUGGUGAAUUGGCAGGUUCAUUGUGUUAUUCCCAUCAACUUGCUAUUCCAGAUGUGAUACGAUCAUGCGAAGUACCUCCAUGUAAAUUAGGUUGUGUUGACAUGUCUAAACACUGUUCAAAGAGGGUAGAACUAUGCAAAUUUACAAUAUAUCGUUAUCAAUGCUGUCAAUCAUGUCAACGUUAUGUACAAAUGAUUUCAUCCGCAAAAGAUUCUUUGAAAAACUUUCAAAACGAGAAAUUCUCUAACCUAUUUUCUUAAUCAAUAAAAAACAAUGCAUUUAUACAAGUACAGAAGAUAACCAAAAAUAGCACAAUAAUAAAUGAGGUCAUUAACCUACACUUAGAACUGUUUGACCUCAGGAUUGUUUCUCUAGCGGGUAAAAUGAACAAAACAAAAUUAUUUGUAGUUUAUCUUAUUGAUUUUCCUUUUUUUCAGUUCUGAUAACUCUCUUGUUCUCUCUCUCUCUCUCUCCUCUACACAAAGACAUAUAUGCUCAUUUUGUUAUCAGCAUUUACACAUGUAUUCGAAAAACUACUUAAACGCACUAAAAAAAACCAGUAACAAACAACCGGUGCCCAGCAUCAUUAUACUUUAUAUUAUUUCAUAAUUACAUACUAAACUAUACCAAUGUACAAGUGUCAAUAUAUAAACAAAAUAUUUUGAUAAUAAAAGUAUAUUUACCUGAAUACCACUAAACAAAUCUUAAUUAUAAGGAACAAAAAUAUGAUAGAACAUUAAAAUAAAAUCUAUACUACUACUCCAUUUUUCAUAUGAUGUUUGUACAAAUUGUACAUACACAGUAAUAAACAAACAACAAACUGUAUUUAUCACUUAAUUAAAAAUAAUUAACAAGCAUGUCAUCAUAUUUACAGAAAUAUGUGAACAUAAACAGAGUAAAAUUGUUUUAUUAAAAAAACAACAACUCAAAAACAACUUUAUUUUACAAUGAUGAAUAUAUAAUGUACAACUAUCAGUCCAUAUGAACCAUACACAUAUAUGCACACAUACAAACACAAUACAUACAACAAAUAAAAACUAUCAUAUUACGCUUUAUGGUAUGAAUAAUUACUGAAAAACUACAAGUAAUAUAAACAGUUCAAAAAUUGAAAACUUUCAGUCCUGCUCUUCUCUUAAAUCAAAUUAUGUAAGGCUAUCGAGACAAAGAUAAUAAUAAUUCUAUGCAUACCUU